AUGGAUUGGGCUGCAGCAGCUCCAUCAGUUAUUACAGGAGCUGAAACAUGGUUAGAUUCUUAUGAUUUAGAUUGUGCUUUAAAAAUUGAUGGCUAUUCUACUCUUUUUCGACGUGAUAGGAACAAUCAUGGUGGAGGCUGUAUUGUCUAUGUGGCUGAGGGUUUAGAGGCUGAAGAUCCAAUUUUUGAAGUGUUAUUUUUUAAAAUAAUGGUUGCACCGCAUAAAUGCUAUGUAAUUGCCACUUGUUAUCGUCCGGAUUAUCAUUCUAUUACUGAUUUUCUGCAGUUUCUUGAUUUAUCCUCGUCUAAUAUUAAAUUAAAGUACAGAAACCUUGCAGGAAUAUUGUUAGUAGGCGAUUUCAAUGCACAUUGCAGUACGUGGUGUCCAACGAAACUGUCGACCACAGAAGGAAAGCAUAUGUUUGAUUUUGUCGUACAGAGUAAUAUGCAUCAGCUAGUCAACGAAGUUACUAGGACAGUAUCCAAAACAUGCCUUGAUUUAGUUGUGUGUGACUCCCUAAUUAAGGGAGCUUUAGGAAAGAACAAGACGGCAUCGAUUCCUACUUUAAGAACAGAUCAAGGAGAGCAAAUCAAAGAUCUUGCUGAAAAGGCUGAAGUUUUGAAUCAAUACUUCGCACAGACAUGUACAAUGCCCAAAUCCUUAUGCGACAAACAGCUACCAGCUUUUCCUAUUCGUACAACUAAGCAAUUAACUAAAUGUGUUGUGUCGGAAAAUGAUGUCUUCAAAAUAUUAUCUCGUUUAAACAUCAGCAAGGCGGGAGCUCCGGGAUUAAAUAACAGAGUACUUAGAGAACUAGCACCAGUUAUUGCGUCUCCUUUUGCACAGUUGAUUAAUGGUUCUUUUGCAUCAGGUGUGUUCCCAGCUUGUUGGAAACUUGGUUUUACCAAUGCUCUGUACAAAACUGGUCACGCACACUUGAAAACAAAUUAUCGUCCCAUUAUUCUACUACCCGCUCUCUCGAAAGUAUGUGAACGACUUGCACAUCGCACGUGUAUGAUUAUUUGA